AGACCCGCCAUCAUGCCAGACCCAUCCAAGUCCGCUCCGGCCCCCAAGAAGGGCUCCAAGAAGGCCGUGACCAAAGCGCAGAAGAAGGACGGCAAGAAGCGCAAGCGCGGCCGCAAGGAGAGUUACUCCAUCUACGUGUACAAAGUGCUCAAGCAGGUGCACCCCGACACGGGCAUCUCGUCCAAGGCCAUGGGCAUCAUGAACUCGUUCGUCAACGACAUCUUUGAGCGCAUCGCCAGCGAGGCCUCCCGCCUAGCGCACUACAACAAGCGCUCGACCAUCACGUCCCGCGAGGUGCAGACGGCUGUGCGCCUGCUGCUGCCCGGGGAGCUGGCCAAGCACGCUGUGUCGGAGGGCACCAAGGCCGUCACCAAGUACACCAGCUCCAAGUGAGGCGCGUCCCUGGCGCCCCGAACCCAAAGGCUCUUUUCAGAGCCACCCACACAGUCGAGAAAGGGUUUCAAACACGGUGAUGGGUUAUUAACCCUAUGUUUUACCUAUACACCUUAGCGAUUCCCAGUUACUGGGUGCGUCCCGCCAGUGAGUGAGCGGAGUGUGGGAAUGUAACAGCCCAUUGUAGAGGAACGGUGGAAAUGGUGCCCUUGCGAAAAAGCAGGCGUGCAGAUGAGGGGCGUCACUUCCCCCAGAAGGCUCUAGCGUCGGUCUUCUACCCUGUGUUCCCUUGGCGAGACCAUGGGUACGCCAGACCACGAGUUUGCGGAGGCCUUGGGUGUUGUAACGCUGCCUGGCGGUGGCGCCAUACCACCUUUCCAUCCCUGCCCGCAUCAGACAUCUUUAUCCUCAAGCAAAGUACAUCCCGGUAGGAUGUUUGCCUGGAAAGAUCCUGCAAUGACAGUGUGCUGGACGAGAGGGACGUGGAGGCUGGCGGAUCACCGCAGCGCUUUGUGCGCGAGCUGGUGUGCUCCUGUCACCUGCAUCCAGUAGUCCUGAUGCAUCAACUUGAAGCUUAAAUUUGAUUCCCUAGAAAUGUUAUUUGGGCCACUUUGUUCAGAUAUGACAGAGAUGUGUCUGGAAGUGGAUUGAAUCAACCCAUUUUUGUGGCAUCCUGGAUUUUUAAACCAUGGGAAAACCUGAAUAAACUUUCUAGCUUCA